AUGGCUAUGGAUAUUCUUUCUAAGUUACUGGAUCGAGCGGCAAUGACAGGGGGGAUUGGUAUUCAUCCGCAGUGUGGAGAACCUCUAGUAACUCAUCUGACCUUCGCGGACGAUGUUUUAAUUUUUUUCGACGGUGCAGAAGGUUCGCUAACUGGUAUUAUGGAGGUUUUAAGCAGUUUCUAUGACACAUCAGGGCUGCAGUUAAGCCGAGCCAAAUCGAGGAUUUACUUGGAUGGGAACAAUCAGGAUCUAUUAUCUUCUUUCGCUACAAAUUUUGGCAUUGCUAUGGGUUCUCUCCCAGUCAGAUACUUGGGUCUUCUUCUUCUUCCCCAUAAGAUGAGACCUCAAGAUUAUCAACCUCUGCUUGACAAGGUUAGGGGCAAAAUCUCUUCUUGGUCAACUCGACAUCUUUCUUACGCCGGCAGAUCGCUAUCACCUCCGCUCUGUCUUCAGGAUACGRUUAAUUGGGUCCAGAAAGCUUCAAAUUCAGGGAGGGUUAAUCACAUUUGCUUGAUGGCUCUUCAAGYAGUGGUUUAUGAGAUAUGGAGGGAGAGGAACUCUCGGGUUCAUUCUAAGGUUUUUAAACCAGUGGCUACAAUUACAAAGGGGAUCAGAGUUACUAUGAGGAAAAAACUAUAUACCUUGGAUAGGCUGGAGAAGGAAGCUUCAGGUCUUACGGCGGUGGAUUCCUUCCUUUUUCUUUGGUUUCACUUCUUCGAAUUUUUCAACUCCUCUGCAACGAGUUAG